GGCGGCGGGACCCGCGGAGCCGCUUUGUGUGCAGCCCGACGAGGGGCGGCGGCGCAACCACCUGACAGAGGCCCGGGCGCUCGAUGCACCUUCCGCCCGCAUGAGGAGGAGGAGGUAAAGGCGGCGGCGGCGGCUCGGCUCCCGCCCUCGAGGCCGGUAGAGGACUGUGAAAGAAAAGUUGUCCCCCAGGAUGGACUUCACCGCGCAGCCCAAGCCUGCCACUGCCCUCUGUGGCGUCGUGAGUGCAGAUGGGAAGAUCGCUUACCCGCCGGGGGUAAAGGAGAUCACCGACAAGAUCACCACGGAUGAAAUGAUCAAGCGACUGAAGAUGGUAGUAAAAACUUUUAUGGAUAUGGAUCAGGACUCAGAAGACGAAAAACAGCAGUAUCUCCCACUAGCCUUGCAUCUUGCAUCUGAAUUUUUCCUCAGGAAUCCCAAUAAAGAUGUGCGUCUCCUUGUAGCAUGUUGUUUGGCUGACAUCUUUCGAAUCUAUGCCCCAGAAGCUCCGUAUACUUCCCACGAUAAACUUAAGGACAUAUUUUUGUUUAUUACCAGACAAUUAAAAGGUUUGGAGGAUACAAAGAGUCCACAGUUUAAUAGAUACUUUUAUUUAUUAGAGAACUUAGCUUGGGUUAAAUCAUAUAACAUCUGCUUCGAAUUGGAAGAUUGCAAUGAAAUUUUUAUUCAACUUUUUAGGACUCUCUUCUCAGUGAUCAACAAUAGCCACAAUAAAAAGGUACAAAUGCACAUGCUAGACUUGAUGAGUUCUAUCAUCAUGGAAGGUGAUGGAGUUACUCAAGAAUUAUUGGACUCCAUUCUUAUUAACCUCAUUCCUGCACAUAAGAACUUAAAUAAACAGUCCUUUGACCUUGCAAAAGUCCUGUUGAAAAGGACAGUCCAGACUAUUGAGGCAUGCAUUGCCAAUUUUUUCAAUCAAGUCCUGGUGCUGGGAAGAUCAUCAGUAAGUGAUUUGUCAGAACAUGUAUUUGAUCUGAUUCAGGAACUUUUUGCGAUAGAUCCGCAUUUAUUAUUAUCUGUCAUGCCGCAGCUUGAAUUCAAACUAAAGAGCAAUGAUGGAGAAGAACGAUUAGCUGUUGUUCGACUUUUAGCUAAAUUGUUUGGUUCUAAAGAUUCUGAUUUGGCAACACAGAAUCGUCCUCUUUGGCAAUGUUUUCUUGGACGAUUUAAUGACAUUCACGUUCCUGUGAGAUUAGAAAGUGUGAAAUUUGCCAGCCACUGUUUAAUGAAUCACCCAGAUUUAGCAAAGGAUCUCACAGAAUAUUUGAAAGUUAGAUCACAUGAUCCAGAAGAAGCAAUUCGUCAUGAUGUCAUUGUUACUAUAAUAACAGCUGCCAAAAGAGACCUUGCCUUAGUGAAUGAUCAGCUACUUGGCUUUGUAAGGGAAAGAACACUGGAUAAACGGUGGCGAGUAAGAAAAGAAGCUAUGAUGGGUCUUGCUCAGCUUUAUAAGAAAUACUGUCUUCAUGGUGAAGCAGGAAAAGAAGCUGCAGAGAAAGUCAGCUGGAUAAAGGACAAGCUUUUGCAUAUUUAUUAUCAGAAUAGCAUCGAUGACAAACUGUUGGUAGAGAAAAUCUUUGCUCAGUAUCUUGUCCCCCACAACCUGGAAACAGAAGAGAGAAUGAAAUGCUUAUAUUAUUUAUAUGCUAGUUUGGAUCCAAAUGCUGUCAAAGCUCUCAAUGAAAUGUGGAAGUGUCAGAACAUGCUCAGAAGUCAUGUACGAGAACUAUUGGAUUUGCACAAGCAACCUACAUCAGAGGCUAACUGUUCUGCCAUGUUUGGAAAACUGAUGACCAUAGCAAAGAAUUUGCCUGACCCUGGGAAAGCACAAGAUUUUGUGAAGAAAUUUAAUCAGGUUCUCGGUGAUGAUGAGAAAUUGCGGUCUCAGCUGGAGUUAUUAAUCAGUCCAACCUGUUCUUGCAAACAGGCAGAUGUUUGUGUGAGAGAAAUAGCUCGAAAACUUGCAAAUCCUAAGCAGCCAACAAACCCUUUUCUAGAGAUGGUCAAAUUUCUGUUGGAAAGAAUUGCACCUGUGCACAUUGAUUCAGAAGCCAUAAGUGCACUGGUAAAACUGAUGAAUAAAUCAAUAGAGGGAACAGCAGAUGAUGAAGAGGAGGGUGUAAGUCCAGAUACAGCUAUUCGUUCAGGACUUGAACUUCUUAAGGUUCUGUCUUUCACACAUCCUACCUCGUUCCACUCUGCAGAGACAUAUGAGUCCCUGUUACAGUGCCUCAGAAUGGAAGAUGACAAGGUAGCAGAAGCUGCUAUACAAAUUUUUAGAAAUACAGGCCACAAAAUAGAAACAGACCUACCCCAGAUACGAUCGACCUUAAUUCCCAUUUUACAUCAGAAAGCAAAGAGAGGUACUCCACACCAAGCAAAACAGGCUGUUCAUUGUAUACAUGCCAUAUUCACCAAUAAAGAAGUCCAGCUUGCACAGAUUUUUGAGCCACUCAGUAGGAGUCUGAAUGCUGAUGUACCAGAACAACUUAUAACUCCAUUAGUUUCAUUGGGCCACAUUUCUAUGUUAGCACCAGAUCAAUUUGCUUCCCCAAUGAAAUCUGUAGUAGCAAAUUUUAUUGUGAAAGAUCUGCUAAUGAAUGACAGGUCAACAGGUGAGAAGAAUGGAAAAUUAUGGUCUCCAGAUGAAGAGGUUUCCCCUGAAGUACUAGCAAAGGUACAGGCAAUUAAACUUCUGGUAAGGUGGCUGUUGGGUAUGAAAAACAACCAGUCUAAAUCUGCCAAUUCAACUCUUCGAUUAUUAUCAGCGAUGUUGGUUAGUGAGGGUGACCUGACAGAGCAAAAGAGAAUCAGUAAAUCUGAUAUGUCUCGCUUGCGAUUAGCUGCUGGUAGUGCCAUAAUGAAGCUUGCUCAGGAACCUUGUUACCAUGAAAUUAUAACCCCCGAACAGUUUCAGCUCUGUGCACUUGUUAUUAAUGAUGAGUGCUACCAAGUAAGGCAGAUAUUUGCUCAGAAGUUGCAUAAGGCACUUGUGAAGUUACUACUCCCAUUGGAGUACAUGGCGAUCUUUGCCUUGUGUGCCAAAGAUCCUGUGAAGGAGAGAAGAGCACAUGCACGACAGUGUUUACUAAAAAAUAUCAGUAUACGCAGGGAGUACAUUAAACAGAAUCCCAUGGCUACUGAGAAAUUAUUAUCACUGUUGCCUGAAUAUGUAGUUCCAUACAUGAUUCACCUGCUAGCCCAUGAUCCAGAUUUUACAAGAUCACAAGAUGUUGACCAGCUUCGUGAUAUUAAAGAGUGCCUAUGGUUCAUGCUUGAAGUUUUAAUGACAAAGAAUGAAAACAAUAGUCAUGCCUUUAUGAAGAAGAUGGCAGAGAACAUCAAGUUAACAAAAGAUGCCCAGUCUCCAGAUGAAUCCAAGACAAAUGAAAAACUUUAUACAGUAUGUGAUGUGGCUCUGUGUGUUAUAAAUAGUAAAAGUGCUUUGUGCAAUGCAGACUCACCAAAGGAUCCAGUCCUCCCAAUGAAAUUUUUUACACAACCUGAAAAGGACUUCUGUAAUGACAAGAGUUAUAUUUCAGAAGAGACCAGAGUGCUUCUGUUAACAGGAAAGCCAAAACCUGCUGGAGUACUAGGUGCAGUAAACAAGCCUUUAUCAGCAACAGGAAGAAAACCAUAUGUUAGAAGCACCGGAGCUGAGACUGGAAGCAACAUUAAUGUAAAUUCAGAGCUGAACCCUUCAACCGGAAACCGAUCAAGGGAACAGAGUUCAGAGGCAGUAGAAACUGGAGUUAGUGAAAAUGAAGAGAACCCUGUGAGAAUUAUUUCUGUCACUCCUGUAAAGAAUAUUGAUCCGGUAAAGAAUAAGGAAAUUAAUUCUGAUCAGACUACCCAGGGCAACAUCAGCAGUGACCGAGGAAAGAAAAGAACAGUAACCGCAGCUGGUGCAGAGAAUAUUCAACAAAAAACAGAUGAGAAAGUAGAUGAAUCAGGACCACCUGCCCCUUCAAAACCCAGGAGAGGACGUCGACCGAAGUCUGAAUCUCAGGGCAAUGCAACCAAAAAUGAUGAUAUAAAUAAACCUCUUGGCAAAGGAAGAAAGAGAGCUGCAGUCAGUCAGGAAAGCCCUGGGGGUCUGGAAGCAGGUAAUGCCAAAGCACCCAAACUGCAAGACAUAGCCAAAAAGGCAACACCAGCAGAGAGACAAAUUGACUUACAAAGGUAAAAAGAAAACUCACUUGCAAAGGGAGAAAAUGAAGGCCAAACAGAAGCAGACUCCAGCUUCUGCAAAAACUUGGAUUCAAAAUGUCCCUGAACAGAAAAUGAAGUUAACUUCAGAACACACUUUCUGCCUUGAAAACUGAAACUAUUACUUCCUUUUCACAUGACCACAAGUCCUUUGAUGGAAAUGUACAGCAGAAACUCUUGAGAGAGAGGCUAAAAGCAACUCUAUCCUACCCUCCCCUCAGACUUUUCUUAGGAGAAGUCAAUAAUUAAGCAAAUUGCUUAACACUUGGUUCCAGUUCCUGCAUAUCUGGAGUUUAAAGGCAUAAUACACCAUUAAUUUCCAUGCUGCGGUUUUUAUUUUAAAGAAAGUAACAGGAUGUCCUUACACUGACACUGAAAAUUCAUCAAUUUUAGAGCCAGGAAUUCCCGUGUUACACAAGAAAAAAAAUAGAAGUCUACUGAAUUAAUUUUUUAGAAGAAAAGAAAUCAGAUUAAAUAUUUCUUUGUUUUUCCUUUUGGAAACUUUUAUGUAUAAUUCUUUCUGCCUGCCUACUUUUCUGCAAAAAUGAGAUGUACAGAUUUCAGUUCCCUGCUAUGAAAAGUGAUGUGGUGGCAAUUUUAUAAAUGUUGCUUUCUGAUUUUUAUCAGAGUGAGAAAAUAAUUAAAAUUAUUAUUGAUUUCAUAUCACUUCAUAUUUUGAUUUCCCCUCCAUUUUAGUUUAAUAUAAUUUGCAAUAAAUGUACAUAUUGUUGUUUGUUUCGUAAAGCAUAUCACUUUAAAAUGGUUUUUACUCCUGUGAUUAUGUUGAAAUAUUUGGAAUUUUAAAGGAGUAAAGACUGCCCAGCAUUUGGUUUUAUAAUGUUUGUCACCAGAUUUUUAUUAUUGAUGUAAAGAAAAAGUCAAUUUUUUAAAAUAGUUGGACUUUGGCAGCUUUGUAAGGAAAGUUGGAAGUGUUCAGGAUUGCUAUCAAUUUUCAGCAUUGUGCUGUUGGGAAAUAAGUAUUUUGCUUUUGUCUGCCGGUCUGGGCUCAGUUUUUAUGUUUAUUUUAGAAGACGACUGUUGCAUCAAUAUAUUGUUUCUUGGCAUAUUGUUCAGCAUAGGUAGUGUGUGCACUCUUUGUGUACACAUCAUCAUAUUUAAGUUUUUGCAUAAAAUAAAUGCUUCUAGAUGUCA